GAAGUCAGUAGCAAAGCAGGGCGAUCAGUGAACUUCUUAACAGAGCUAGUUCACAUCGAAAUGGAUCCAAACAUGAGCAGCGAUCAAGACACCGAGACUCGACACAUUCUGGACUGUUUCAGAGACAGACUCAAGCGGCUUAUUCAGGUCGAGCCUCUGCUGGAUCUGCUGGAUUUCCUUGAACCGGACAAAAAAGAGCGAAUAAAAGCCAAAGUGGCCUCGGAGGGGAAUAUUAAUGCCGUUUCUUUGCUUAUCAAUGAGAUUAUGCGCGCAGAGCUCCAGCAGGGGUGGUCGAGGACUCUGGUGACCGCGCUGGAGACCGUCGGGUGCGGGCACGCCGCGCGGUAUGUGCGCAACAGGCCGCCGGAGCCAGAUGAAGAAGCCGAACACGACAGCUGUGUGCGGCUUAUAGACCUGCUGCAUCUCAGCCUGGUCAACAUGAAGACCCGGGACGUGUGUGUGCAGUGUGUGACUCUGGGGCUGCUAACGCAAGAGGACCAGGAGAAUAUUAUGACAGCCACCGGGAACAACGGAAAUAUAAAUGGUGCUCGUCUGCUCCUCAAAAGGCUGGUGAAAAACGAAGCUGGCUGGUUUUCUAAAUUCCUUCAGGCUCUGGAGGACACGGAGCACCGUGACCUGAUGCGCGAGCUGCGAGGAGAGCCGUGCGAGGGGGACGAGGGGAUGUCUGUGGACUCGUCGGAUGCUCAGGCUGAAGUGAAGGACACCGGUGCAGUCAGAAGAAACUCAAUGUCUUCUCCUCCUCCGUCUUUCACCCCCAACAGCUCUCUUCAGUCAGAGGAUCUGGACGACAGUGUGGACAGCAGCCUCCUGGGUGUGGAUGCUGGAAAUCAAGGGGUGGAGAUGUAUGAAGACGGUGAAGAAAAGGAGGAGAAAGAUCUCAAAGAAGAUGAGGAUGAUGAUUCAUCAGCAAGUAAGAGGGAAAUUAAACUGCGGGACUAUCAGAUGGAGGUGGCCAGACCUGCUCUGGAGGAGAAGAACAUCAUUGUCUGCCUGCCCACCGGAUCCGGGAAGACCAGGGUCGCAGUGUUUAUCACCAAAGAGCAUUUGGAGAGGAAGCAGCGGAUGGGGCAGAAGGGGAAAGUGGUCGUCCUGGUCAACAAGGUCCCGCUGGUUGAGCAGCAUUACAAGGCCGAGUUCGGGAGGUUUUUAAAGCACCAAUACUCAGUGGAGCGGGUCAGCGGUGCCUCACAGCUCAAAAUCUCCUUCCCACAAAUCAUCGAGAAAAAUGACAUCAUCAUCUGCACGGCGCAGAUUCUGGAAAACUCUUUAGCCAAAGCCAAAAACGGCGACGAGGAUGGGAUCGAAUUAUCACAGUUCACCCUGAUGGUUAUUGAUGAGUGCCACCACACGAAGAAGGGCGGUGUGUAUAACCACAUCAUGAUUCGCUACCUGAAACAGAAGAAUAGGAACCAGCUGCUGAAGAAGCAGGACAAAACUUUAGUUCCCAUCCCUCAGAUCCUGGGUCUGACUGCCUCACCUGGUGUGGGAGGAGCGGUGAGCCAGCAGAUGGCGGAGGAGCAUAUUCUCCAGAUCUGCGCAAACUUGGAUGCCUUCACAAUCAAAACAAAGACUUUCGAAGAAGAAGAGGCCAAAACACCAUUCAAGAGGAUUGCGAAAGCAGAAGAGAGGAAAGAGGACCCAUUUGGAGAUGUGAUCAAGAAGAUCAUGGAUGAAAUCCACACACAUGCUGACCUGCAGCCCCUUUGUGAGCCCGGCACACAGAACUAUGAACAGUGGGUCGUGCAGAAAGAGCAGAACGCUGCUAAAGAGGAGAAUCAGAAUGUUCGCGUGUGUGCCGAACAUCUCCGCCAAUACAAUGAGGCUCUUCAUCAGAGCAACACCAUUCGAAUGUCUGACGCUUUCCGGUUCCUGGACAAAUAUCACAAUGAAGAGCUCAAGACCAAAUCUAGCCCUGACGAGGAAGGCAACAUUACAAUCACGGACACAGAGAGAUUCCUCUUCACUUUGUUCAAAGACAAAAAAGCGAAGCUGCAGGAGCUGAUGGGAAAGCCGCAGUAUGAAAAUAAUAAUCUGGCCCAGCUGAAAACCAUCAUCCUGAAGGAAUUCAGCACCAGAGAGAAGGCGAGAGGCAUCAUAUUCACCCAGACCCGCCUCAGCGCCAUCGCUCUCUGCCAGUGGAUUGAAGAAAACCCCAAGUUUGAUGAAGUGGGAGUCCGAGCCAGUUAUCUGAUCGGCGGAGGAGACCAGAGCGUGGUGAAACCCAUGACCGCUGCGGAGCAGAAGGACGUGCUGAAAAGGUUUCGAACAGGCGAGAUCAAUCUGCUAAUAGCCACCACUGUUGCAGAAGAGGGUUUGGACAUCGCUGAAUGUAAUGUGGUCAUUCGCUAUUGCCUGGUGACCAACGAGGUCGCCAUGAUUCAGGCCCGCGGUCGAGGAAGAGCUGAGGACAGUAGCUACACGCUGGUGGCGGAGGCCGGGUCUGGAGUGGCGGAGAGAGAGAGUGUUAACGAAUACAGAGAGAAAAUGAUGAGCAAAGCCAUCGCUAAAGUCUGCAAAAUGAACCGAGCUGACUACGAAAAGAAAAUCAUGGAGUUUCAGAUCCAGGCCAUAAUGGAGGAGAAAGUCAAGACCAAAAAGAAACAGCAGAAGGGAAUGAUGAAGGAGCCGCCGUCUAAAAUCAGCCUGAGCUGCAGGCAGUGCAGUGUGUUUGUGUGCUCUGGAGAAGACAUCGAGAUCAUCGAGAAGAUGCACCAUGUCAACGUUACCAAACAGUUCAGAAAGCUGUUCAUAGUCCGAGAGAAUGCGUCACUACAGGAGCGACUCUUGGACUACGAGACCAACGGAGUCAUUGCGUGCAAAAAAUGUGGACAGCAAUGGGGUUCAAUGAUGCUGUACAGAAGCACUGAAUGUCCCUGCCUUCAUAUCAAGAACUUUGUGGUCACAUACGGCUCCAAGAAGAAGACGUUCAGCAAAUGGAGAGAGCUGUCCAUAAGCUUCCCUGCAUUUGACUACACCCAGCACGCCGAUCUCCUUGUUGAGGAUUCAGAGGAUGAAGAUAUGGACACUAACUGAGAAAAAGGAGAGAAAGAUAUUCAUACUCAUCUGACACAAACAUUAGACCAGAUUUUUGAACAGCUUGCAACAACCCAAACACUCUUUCGUCUUCAACCAAUUUAGCACCUGUGUUGUUAGUACAAAUAAUACACAACAUCAUCUCUGGUUCUGCUAGUUAGCAUUCUAAUUUGAACUGUUUACAUUUCUUUAACAGUAAACGUGCUGCUUGCUAGAGCUGCAUAAUACUUCAAAAAUAUUGUUAUAAGUUAGGAAAAAAGUACAUCAAGAAGGAUUGUCUCAGAAUAAAGCCUGACAGUGAAGC